CUUCAUGUAAAAAGCCUCCACAGUAACAGGAAGUCACGAUGCCUCAGAUGAGCUUUAUUCUCAUGUUUUUAGUGAUGAGAUUUUCUGCUUCUGAGGAAGUGAAGAAGAACCUGACGGGCACUGUGGGAGGAAACAUCACUCUACCUGCACCUGUGCAGGAGAAAGCAUUUCUGUCAUAUGGAGGAAAGAAUAUUGCUGAUGUGAAUAAGGGGGAAUUUGAAAUAUUUGGGGAAAUUUACAUGAACCGACUUCAGUGGGACAGAAACUCUGGACUCUUUACACUCACAGAGCUGCAGAGGGACGACUCAGGGAUUUAUACUGUCGACUCUAAAACAGGAAACGUUUUCACAUCAUCAUAUAAGCUGACAGUGUACGACUCUGUACCGACUCCUGCAGUGAAGAAAGUGAGUGUGAGCUCUGAGAGCUGCUCCUUACUGUGUUUGGUGGACAGAGAGACCAAACUGCUGUGGUUUAAAGACGAGCAGAGACUGAACCAGAGCAGCUCUGCGCUCUCUCUGCCUCUCACUGUGCACAAACAGGACUUCAACUCCUCUUACAGAUGUGUGGCUGCAAACCCUGCAGAGAAUAAAACUCUUCCUGUCCAUGUGAGAACGACCUGUGGAGACACCAACAACGACACCAACAGCUCGACUGAACCAAGAAGCUAUAACAUCCUCAUUAUAAUCUUCUCUGUCCUGAGUGCUACCCUCAUCAUCAUCAUCAUCCUCAUCAUGAGGAGGAAGCAUCCUGUCCAAGACAAGUUUAACCUCCUACAAGCUGCAGGCAGGGCUCCUGUGGAUGAAGUGGUCCUUUAUACUGACACAGGUGACAGCAGACAGGGUGGGAUUUUAGCGGCUGUAUCAGGAACCAGUGAUGGCUCCAGUCUGACAGCAGUGUCUUAUAAACUGGUGCUCGUCACAUGAUGACAGACUCUGCUGAUAACAUCUGAGACCUGAAGCUGCUUUCAGCUGCUCCCUAAUUUACAAGGAGUGACCAGAGUGAACAGACGCCACCUUCCAGGGAUUUGUGUCUCCUCCACUUUUUUCUAGAAAAGUCUAAUUGUUGUGAGAUGAUGUAAUUUCUUUAGAACGUCACAGUGAACUCUUUUUCUUUCCACUUUCAAGCUCUAACAUUGUUAGGAUCAUUCCUCUGACGAGUAGCUUCAUGGUAAAAAGUGCAAAUUUCAGCCUCCAUCCUCGAAACUGUUCUGUUAACAGGUACGUCAGAUAUUAAAUAUGGGAAUCACAGAUGCUCAGACUGAGAAUUUUUCUUAAAAUCCAUUUAUUGAUAUAUACUGACCAACAGUCAAAUUGUGUCACAGAGAUGUUCACACAUACUUUUUCGUAAAAUUGGACACUGUAAUAAAAAUGCCACCCUGAGUAUUGU